GCGACCGCUUGGCAAUUUUUAGGUUGGUGCUGAGGAAGAGGACUUCUAUCUGAAUAACAAAAGUAAACUUUCACGACCGUCUUAAUUGCUAUGAUUCAGGAUUGUGUAGUAGUAGUUGAAACUACAGUUACAUAGCAGCUAGAGAAAGUCUAGUUCAUUUUUAAAAUGGUGUUGAAACUACAGUCAUAGCAGCUAGAGAAAGUCUAGUUCAUUUUUAAGAUGGCCGCCCCCAAAAGCAACCUUUGGCCUCUGCUGCGCCUUGGUCAACGCAGUGUCUUCAUUUGCCUUCUACUUGGUGUAAGCCGCGUGAGCAGUGAGGCCUUCGUGCAUUUGAUCGCGCCCGCCGAUGUGAGAAAAGACGGUGGACUCAAAUUUCGAGCGAAUUUGCCUAUCCCGGAGCGCUUAGUCGAACUGAAAGAGAGCUUCCGGCUAGCGCAUCUGGAACGGUAUGGUUCACCAGGAUACGUCGAUUUCGAAUUUUUCAAUACAAGACUCGAACAAACUGUCGACAGCGUAGACCAACUCGAGGAUGGAGACGAGCUCCGCCUUUUUCGCAAGCGCGGCACAACCAGUUUGAGCAGAGGAGCACAACAUCCAGAUUCAGAAGUUGUUGCUGGAGAUGUUGCUGGACAGCAUCAGCAAGCACAAGAGCAGGAACAAAGUAAAGCUCCUUCAAGGUCGGAAGAUGCUGCAGGAAAAGAACGAGAUCGUUUUCAUGGAAGAUCGGCUGAAGAAAUCAUUGGUGGUCCGACGCAAGGGAAAGCAGAAAAUUAUGCAGACGGGGUAGCUGCUUCGCCUCCGAAUGUUGCUGCGGGCGAAGAUGUGAAGAAAAAGACUGGUCCUGCUGGUGUCAAUGAUGGGACGACCGGUACAAGCUCGCCGCAACAACAACAAUCCGAGACUUCAACGCCCCGGCGAACGAGGAAUCGCGGCCUGGACGCUCUGACGUCAGCGCCAAUGGACAGUGAGGCUCAGAAUGACGCGCCUAGUGCAAGUCUCCCAGACCCGUCCUCACCAUUUUACCUUUCCGAAUUGCUAUACACAUUGACAUCUGCAGCGAAUGUCCCGACUAAACUCCGGCGGCAGGUCCUGCAUAAGGUGAAUGAGGCACCCUUGUCGGACUUCCAACGACGGCAAAUCUUGGAUGAUUACCCCGUUUCCCUUGAAGAUUGUCGUGAAGUUGACAAGGAAGAAGCAGUUGGCACAGCGGUGGCUGCGUCCUCGUCGUCCAGUGACAGCAGCGUGGGAAGAACAUCACCCGAAAAUCCACAUCAUCAAGAUGAAGGUAUAGAUGCUUCAUCUCCUUCGAUGAGUUUUCGGGCUUUUGCAGAGCGUUUUGUGCAUCUGCAUCCGACCGCUCGUGGUAUUUUACGGCUCGCAGAAUGUCAGCCGGCUUUUCGCGAAGGUCUAGUGCGAUCGCAUUUCGAGCGGAAGUGGACGCACCAACUGAAGCCGCUCUUCGAAAAAGCGGCUCGAGGAUUGACGUCAACCACAGGGGACUCAGGAACGCAACUGUCAACCGCUUACUUUACCGGCUACAUCGGUCAGGAGGAGGCGUUGAAGAUGAUACGGCCGUUGGUCCAAGAGCAAGUGCUGGGACGGAGGAUCUCAGAUUCGCCAUUGAGUUUCCUUUUUCUAGGGCCAUCAGGAGUGGGAAAAACGGAACUAGCAAGAAAAGUCGCGGAGAAAAUACAUUGUGGUAAUGCCCCCGCAGUAAUAUUGUCUCUGAGAAAAUACAUUGUAGUGGUAGAAGUGACACAAGAGGACCGCUUCUUUCACUUGACUCAACUUCAAUCAUCUUCAAUCACGAUCUUUUAUAGCCAAUUAGUUUCGAACUUGAAACCCAUGACAUGCUUCCGCUGGCGCAUGUCGUGUUUGGGUUAAAGUCUUGCUCGUGUGUAAUACUUCUACGAUGUUCACCUCCACGACCAGUACUAUUGCCACUGCGUACAACUACCAGGUGACCAGCAAUCAUCUGACGGCGAUCAUCAAGCCCUCACUGCUGGGGCAGCAAGUUCUUCCUGUAACAUCAAGUCGCUGACAAAGGCGGGGAAAUUUGUGGAGUUCAAGAUGGGCAACUACCGAAAUGAGGAGCAGUUCACGUCAUGGAUCGGCGUGCCAGAUGGUGUUAAAGGUAGCGACGGAAAGCUGUCAGAAAUCCUUUUCUCGAACCCCGAUGCAGUAAUUUACCUGGACGAGAUAGAGAAGGCCAUUCCGACAGCGGGUGAUCUUCUCUUGGCUAUGCUGGACAAUAAGGGCAGUGUUCAAGUGUCCAAGACGGGACAACAUAUUUCGACGGUGAAGGCGACUUUCAUCCUGAGCAGCAACCUUGCAACCAACGAAAUUCUAUCGGUCUGGGCUAGCACGACCGGAUCGUACUACAUUAUGCCUGUGAAAAUAUACUAGGUAGAAGUUCUAGUGCUGGUUGAACUGGAACUCCGCCUUCCAGAAACAAGCAUUUGAAAUACGGUCUACUACCAGCGGAGCAAGAACUACUUCUGGUUGAACGUAUUCAUUGCUCUCGUGUUGUUAUGAUUACGCUGAUGCACAAGUACUUAUUUGUUCGCCCUUUAUCACUAGCGAAAGUAGUUUAACUUCACGGUUCUGGUUUCUUGAAAAAUUGAUACACAACCUAAUGCUUGCUCUACGCCUUUGACGCCUCGUGAGAAGUACGAAAAGAUACUGGGAAAAUUGGACUACGCGUUGUCGCAAUCCAAGAUGUUCGCUCGUCCAGAGGUACGCAACCGGAUUGCAGCGAUCGUGCCCUUCACACCUUUCCUCGAUUCUGAGAUCCGGCAGGUGAUCGAUUUAGAGCUGAAAAAAUUGCGACGCAGCUACAAAAAGAGUGAAGGAUGGGGUCAUCCGAACAUUGUCUGGACGCAACGCGUUGUGGAUUUUUUGGCGGACCCCUUGCGGAAUGUCCACUUUGAAAACGCUCUGUCGAAGGGGAACUUGCGCGAGUUGAUCCGCUUUUUGGAGCAGACUGUCAAUCGCGCGUUAAAUCUCGCCAAAGACUGCGAAAACGCCGUUUGUGAGGUCUUUUCGAGCACCCUCACUGUCGCUGGUGGGACCACGAGCCCAACAUCUACUGCCAUCGUUGCAGCAGGCACGACCAGCAUUUGUCGUCCAAAAGCCUCUGACGUGAUAUCUGGAGCGACCGACAACUUCCUACUAGACGUGCGGGACGAGACUGGAGGAAGCGGUGGGUUGCCGCACAUCGUCGCAGAUUCUGUACCCACUAGCCUUCGAGAGGCGCUUCUUUUUUGUAACUUGCCUGACACAGCGUCAGGGGGUCUUUCGGGAGUACUCUUAGGCACUAGCACACCAGGGAAAGCCUUAACCGACUUGCAAAAUCUUGCAGCGGAUACCUUGGGAGGCGUUUUCGGGGGUUUGCUGAAUAGUGGAAGCGAUGCCUCAUCAGGAAGUGGAACGUUGUCCGGUAGUGUCGUGCGUGGUGGACAACAAAAACAUCAAGGUCCCGCCACAGGCUCUUCUGCAACUUCUAGGAGAACGACGGGUCUCCAGCCGCAAGGACCAGAAGUAGGGACGGACGGGACGCGAACAAGCCGUAGCUCAGGAGGAGUUUCGCCGUCUUCAUUUACGCCAGCAGCCACAGGCAGCUCGGCACCAGGAGCAUCCAGUGAAAGUGGUGGCUCUCUGUUCGAGAGUGAUUUUGAAUAUGAUUGUGUUUGGCAAUUCGUUUUUUCCUAUCAACGCACUUGGUCUUCCUUGAUUGCUUGGAGCUUCUUCUUGCUAGUCGGGUUCUGGUCGGCUGCUCUUGCUUUUGUGCUUCUGAACUACGGAAUUCUUCCACUCGCGGAAGUGCUGUACUCGGCUUGGCGCGCUUUGCCUCCUGGAGUGCAGCAGGUGAUAAUCGCAGGGGGUGAGGCAGCGGCGCAGAUCGGAAAAAAAGCCGUGGAGCAUUUCGAUUACACCUUCAUGGUACUCCUCUUUUUCGAGUACCAAUUCGGUUUGCUGCGGUUCGUGGGACGACACCUCUUGUCUCUGCUUUGCUGGUUCGGCCAGCGAAUCAAGAAACGCCUAGGGGAAGUUCAAAAAGUUUACGGACGAGGAGACUUUGGUGCGACGAUCUCUUCAUCAUCCUCGCUUCCAAAAAGUGGAAGUAUAGAGUUGCCGCUUGUUCUUGGAAAAGAGGGCACCUUCAAGUCCACUCCUCCUGCCACGAUUUCGAGUACUUUCCCAGCCGACGAUAAUGAAGCAAGCAAAAGACGGAAAUUGUACGCGAGAGCAGUGGCUGCGGCUGUGAUUCGAAGGCUGAAAGAAGAUGGAUGCGUCUCACUAGAGAAGAAGAAGGACGAGCCGACCUUAGGCGCAACGACCGCAAGCAGCGGUGCGCCGACCGUCACUUCUCAGGCAGACAUUUGCGAAACGUAUUUAGCGACCGCGAUUCUUCGGAUAUUGCAGGUAAACGCGCAAAUGAUGAAAUCAGAUUCUAGCGGCAUGGUUCCUCAGGAUUCUCAUCCGUCAUUGGGGAGAAAAAAGGGUGGAAAUCAAUCAUCUGAUGCUCCUGACAGUAGCAUGUACAGGCAUCCGCAUCUUCUUGCUGAUUCUUUACAAAUUGGUGGAGAUGCCGUUUUUCCAGAUCAAAGAUCAGCCGGCUUUACCCAGAUGGAUGUACGCUUUCUGAAGGGAUUUGCGACUUCUAUGUUGCAGCAACUAUCGACUGAGAACCUGUCAAGCAUCGCUGAUACCACAUUCGGAGCCCUAGAUCGAGAACAGCAAAAUAUGGGUGACCAUAAUAGCACCACGCAAGACGUGGUUGAUGCACCAGAUGAAGUGACAACGAAUGGAAGUGGGAAAAUGAAAGGUGCGGGAGCUGCUCCGACUCCUUCUGCCCUAUCUUUGAGAUCCGAUGGUAAAAAGGUAGAGAUGACGAAAACUACUAAUCACGCAUUUGGACCAAACAAGGCAGUCGGUAAGAGCAAGCCGGGCGCUGUGGGAAAUAUAGCGCAGGGUCAUAGGCUUUCAGGUGGAGAUUCUGGCAAAAGCUCCCCCCACGAAGAUAAUGAUGAUACAGAUGACGAACUUGCCUCCUGAUUAUGUAACAACAGUGACACUUCAACAAGUACAUGUCGCUGCAGCGCCUCAGCUCAUCUUGGUCUCAGAUAGGAUUUGCAUCUUCGCGCUUUCGUUAUAGCAGAUCCAUGUGAUGCUACAUGGAGGCACAGCAGGGAACUGCGUUUGUUCCUCCUUUACUGCUCUCAUUGCCUAUUCAUCCUACAAAUAUGUUGUAC